CUCCUCGCCAUAUGAUCCCUAUCUCACACGAUAGCUACAGUCAUUCAUUAACCUGGGCUUGAAGUAAAUGCUCUUUGCUCUCAUACACACUCUUGAACGAUGUUCUGUGGCUGGUUGGAUCACAUCUAAGGUGCUGCAAUGAACGGAAAGAAAAUACACAACUCUGGCCUGGUCUUGCUCACCAUGCUGGUAGCCUCAGUCUAUACUGGGAACAUUCUGGUCUUCCCUGUGGAUGGCAGCCACUGGGUCAAUAUGAAAAUACUGAUCGAGGCUCUUUAUGCCAAAGGUCACAAUGUUACAGUCAUACGACCCUCUGACAGCUGGUACAUAGAAGCAACGUCGCCAUGUUACACCUCCAUCACUUUUGGAAGCUCAAAGCUUUUUGAUCAAGAAUUUAUUGGAAAUGCUGUGAGGAAGUACUUAGACAUUAUGAGGGAGGGUUCCAUAUGGGCUCGUCUGAAACUCGAGAAGGAGAUGUGGGACAAAGCAGUGGAAAUGGUGGAGAAAGAAAAAACAUAUGUGAUCAGUUUAAUUAAAGACCAGGAGUUAAUGCAGUCCUUAAGAGACACCAAGUAUGAUGUGUUUUUUACUGAUCCUGCCUUAAUUAGUGGCAUCAUUUUAGGACAUUUUCUCAACCUGCCUGUUGUCUUUAAUGUUCGCUGGUGCCUCCAACAUGAGGGACACUUUGCAAUCGCUCCCUCACCUCUUUCAUAUGUACCAGUGCCAAUGUUAGAGCUGCCAGACCACAUGAGCUUUUUUGAGAGAGUGGUAAAUGUGCUCAUGUACAUUGUAACUGAGUUACAGUUCAAGUAUUUUAUAGCUUCAGGUUACAAUGAAGUGUGUCAUCAACUCUUUGGUCCAGAAAUAAACUACUUUGAAUUAAUCCAAGGAGCAGAUCUGUGGCUGUUCAGAGUUGAUUUUACGUUUGAAUUUCCACGCCCUACGAUGCCAAAUGUUGUCUACAUGGGUGGUUUCCACUGCAAGCCUUCCAAACCUCUUCCACAACAUCUUGAGGACUUUGUGCAGAGCUCUGGUGAACAUGGGGUCAUUGUCAUGUCUCUUGGAACUUUAGUUGGUCAACUUCCUCAUGAUGUAGCCAAUUCAGUAGCUGAGGCUUUUGCAGAGCUUCCACAAAAGGUUAUAUGGAGGUAUACAGGGGAAAGACCUUCUACAGUUGGAAACAAUACUUUAAUAAUGGACUGGAUUCCCCAAAAUGAUCUGCUUGGUCACCCUAAGACCAGGGCAUUUGUAGCUCAUGGGGGAACCAAUGGAAUUCAGGAAGCUAUCUAUCAUGGCGUUCCUAUAAUUGGUUUUGGACUCGUCUGGGAUCAGCCUGACAAUCUCGCAAAAAUGAGGGUGAAGGGAGUCGCCAAGAACGUCAACUUUGCAACUAUGGAUAAAGAUUCCUUCCUUUUAACGGUGAAAGAAGUUCUUCAGAACGCUUCAUAUCGGGAAAAUAUGCAGAGACUCUCCAAAAUCCACAGAGACGUGCUGAUAAAACCUUUAGAUAAUGCUGUCUUCUGGAUUGAGUACAUCAUGAGGCACGGUGGUGCUGCUCAUCUACGAACAGAAUCUUAUAAAAUGCCCUGGUAUUCGUACCACUCUGUAGAUGUUUUACUCUUCCUGCUGUCUGUUCUUUCUGUUAUUGCCUUCACUACAGUUGCAAUCAUCAGACAUGUUUGUUGUAGGCUGAGGAGCAAGAAAAAAUCUAACAAAUAAGUAGAAACUUUACUCUUGAUUAUUUAAGGACAGAGUGUUUUCUAUUUUUAUUUGAUUCAGUUUUUUCUUUCUAGUUUGAUCACAAUAUGUCCACAAAAGUUUUUCUGUUAUCCACUUGGGGGACAUCACAUGAGACGUUUCUUCAGGGCUGAUUUUUAUUUAUUUUUUUACAAAAAGUGAUGAAUAGAGUGAUAAGUGAUUAAGUGUAUCAGAUGAGCAUUGGAUCAGUUUCUCAGUUUCUUCUGGACUCUUUUUCUUUACAGCACAGUGUGUUGGAUUCACACUCUGACUUUAUUAUAAUAAAUCAACAAAUCAAAAGUUUUUGAAAGCUUCAUAUAAAAUCUCCCACACCACACACACAUUACACUGGAAACUGGACUGCACCACAUACACAACUGUAGAAACUGGAAUUUUUUUUAUCAUUUUUAAUAAAUCAGC